AUACUAAUUUUUAAGGUGACCAACUGAAACUAUAACAGCGUGUGGCCUUUCGAAUUUUUUUCAAGUUAUAAAACACUCACGUUCGUAACAAGGACUUAUUACCAUUUGUGUUUGAAAGAUGGUUUACAACUACACUAGACCUCGUGGUCCGAUCGCCGCAAUGUAUAGCAGCCCAGGACCAUGUUAUGCGCUUCCUAGUUUGGUUGGCUUUCCAAAUCACGACCCUCGUUCAAAUCAUCUCCGUGGAGCACAGUGGUCUUUCGGAAUUCGACACGAAAAGUUCAACAGCGAAUGUAGCCCAGGGCCGUGUUAUUAUCCUGACUCGAAAAUACUACGUGAUGGCAAAGAUGGGACACCACACUACUCACUAUAUAGCCGUCAGAAGGAGGCAAUGAUAUUUUCAAAUCCUGGUCCAGGAGCCUACACUCCUGAAAACAGUGAUCACUUCGUUUUUAGCAAAGCCCCGGCGUACUCAUUAAGCUCUAGAAACAAGGAGUUCAAGGUGGACGAUGUUCCAGGUCCGAAUAGAUACAAUAUAGAUCCUAUGCUCGGAAAGACAGUUAGAAGUCAAAAGCAAUCAGCCCCAGCAUACUCGCUGUCCAGCAGAACAAAGCUUUUCGGUGCUGCUGAGACACCUGGAGCUGGAGCAUAUAAUAUCACUGAUCUUAACUUGUACCGAGAAGCUGCCCCUAAAUAUUCUGUAACAGGAAGAAAUCAGCUGCCAACCGACACUACGAGGAAGCCAGGUCCAGGCGCUUACUAUCCCGAAAGAGAAUGUUUGUGAUUGUUAUUUGUGUACUUCUACAACGCUGUUGCAUAUUUACUUUAUUGUGAUAGUAAGCCAAAAUUUACUCCAAUGUUUACAAUACACUAUAGUGUACUCAAGCAAUACCAUUUCCUCAAAGUCUCAAUAUCUGUUCAUUCCGUUAGUUGACGCUUGGUAUAUUAGCAUUCCAUAAUGUUAUGUUUUACUGCCAAAGUGCAUUAUUUCCAAACAGUUGUGAGAGUUUCUGCUUCAAUACCAUACUUCAAUGUUGACAGUGGCUAGUAGAAAAACACAGCAUCGUCCCAUUUAAAUUGGGGUAAGUAAAACGUCAUAUCUACCCACGUGUUACUGGAGAAAAUUCCGGCAAGUAUAGCCCAUAAUUUUUUCAGUGAGUCAAAAUAUGUUUUGAUAAGCUAAUCCCAUGAAUACAAACCUUGAAACCGAAGUUCAAAACGUUUCGUGCAAGAGUCGUAAUGCAGGUGAAUGAAGGUUUGUUCAGUAAUUGGUAUAGAAUAUAAAUCUAAGCUUCAUAUGAAGCAUUAUAAACAUGACCUCAAAGUAGUUAUCCAAUCCCCUACGGUAAAAGUUACCGUUAAGUUAAAUUUUCUGGAAACACUUUGGCUUGAUAUAACCUACUUUUGACUGAACAAUCAUUUUCUAAACGCCUAGGUAAAAGAUCUUUGGAUUAAUUAAUCGCUCCAUUUGGUUAUACAAUACCCCUGUAAUAAGUCUUCUUGAAAUGAUUCACGCAAUUUCGGCCAUUGUUUCUUCAAAAAGUGAUGCUCAGACAAAUUUAUACAACAACAGAUUUAAAAGAAGCUAGCCAGUUUUACAACACAAAAAACGUUGUGCCUAUUAAGCUGAUCUAGAUUUGGUUCUUCAGACCGUCAUAGCAUAUAGUAACUGAUAACUACAUUUGCUGCUAGAUUAGCUUACUGAAGUUACAUGGCCAUUUUUAAAUGCUGGAACAUUUAAUUAAAUUUACGUGUUAUGUCAAAAUAAAUAUUAACGGCUUGAAAUCAAACCUUUCUAAUAACGACACUUUUGUUUAUCUAAAUCUCACUUGCGGUAACCACGCAACACUAUUUAUCAUAGUAAAAGUGAGGCUGUUGGGUAUGUUCUGUAAGCUUUCACACCAUUCAAUAAAAUUUUGGUAGUUAUUUACUUUGUGCAUAAUUUAACUGAACUAUUUUCAUCUUAAAUGGUAUACAAUUGUCAGUAGUAGUUUGACUAAAUAAACUUAUUUUUGGCUAUGAUGUCUAAAAGUAUAUUAAGGUUUACUUAUUGGUUUAUAUUUCUGUGCAUCAAACAUUUCUUAAAAUUCAGCAAUGUCUUAGUAAACCCGACAAACCUCAUAAAAGUGUAGUGAAAUUACAGUGGUCAUUAAUAAAUGUUCGACAAAGCUUGUUUGUAAAGCACUAAGAUACUGUUUAGUCCGUAUGCAGUUUGAAACUGCCUUAAAAUAUGAAAACAGGGGUUUUUAAUGCCACAUAUAUCAUAUCUGGAUUUUUAAAUUUUUAAUAUUGAAGUGCUUUCAAGGCUUAUACAUCUUACAUCUUGGAAAACGAUGACUCUAAAGUAAAAUAUUCACCAAAUGUUAUCUCAUUUGAAGCUUUUAGUUAGUGAGAAUAUUUUGGUAUUUUUCAGUGUGAAGUCUACUGAAUUUACUUAAAAUCUGAUCCUGUUGAAUAUAAAAGAUAUCACACUAUAUUCAUUCUUUAUUUAGCACAUAUAGUUGUCUUAGUUAUACAUCUGAUGAAGGUCGUUUUAUCUCUUAUAGAGUGUGGCGCUUUAUAUAUUUUUUUCAAGCUCAAUAAUAUACUUUCUAAAACUUUUACUCUAAAAUUUAUUCACUUUCAAAACUUUAUAGUCAUUUCUUCUUGGUUUUAGGUUCACAUGAAUUCACAAUCUGCUCCACAGUAUUCAUUUGGAAUUCGCCAUUCUCAGUAUAAGGGCGAAUUCAUAACAGACGCUGAUCUGGAUCAAUAACUAUGUAUCAAAGACCUAAACGUAAAGAGGAAAUAUUAGAUUAUAUUACUUCGCGAAAACGAAGAACUGAAACUUAAUAAUUAUAUACGUGAUAAUUUAUAACUUAUACGAUACAUGGCUUACAAUUUAACUGCCUGUGAUAUAGAACAAACACAUCAAUUCUCCUAUUUUUAUUUAACAAAACGUACUAUUAUAAUUGGUUAUUUUAACUUCAAUUAUCUGCUUUUAAUAUUUUUCUACUUGUUACUUGCAAUUCACUUAAUAGAAAUAAUUUAAUAUAAAAGUUGCUAAUGUCUUUGAUGUAUUGAAGCUGAUGAAAAUAGACAGAAAUAUAGACACAAAAUUGUUCAAGACCAUAUUUUUGAACUGUAUCACAAACGCAUGAUAAACGCCUGAAUUAGGCAACGCUUAUGCAGUGUAUAAAAACGUAAGCUGAAAGGCAAACUAAAUUCAUGCAGUUCUGAUGAAAAUAUAGUACAUUUUCUAUAAAUGCCCCAAGAACAAAAUAAGCAAUAUAUAAAUGAUCAAAGAGUUCUUUGAGUUUCAAUUCUUACAAGCAGCACUGAUGCUUAAGUAAUAAUUA